AGAGGCUCCUGGACUCGACUCGCAUUCAUGCUUCUCGAACUGAGCUCCAAAAUAGGCUUCACAAACACGUUUCCAGACUUAGCCAUUUCCAGGCAGUUUCCCAGUUUUGGCAUAGCCUUUUGAUGAGGUUCAAAAAUGGUCUUCUGGACUUCCUAUCGAGCUCUCAAUCACUUCAAUAUGUAGAGGGACACUCCAGCUUCAAAACAAGUCAUUAGUCUUCAAUUUCCAUCUAGCCAAUUGUAUGAUUUGAAUAUCCAAAGUAGACACCAUGAACUGUUUUUACACUGAAAGAACAGAUUAGGUCGACCUGAUCCUAUAUGAGGUCGACCGAAUCCUAAAUGAGGUCCACCAGAUCCUAUAUGAGGUCGACCAAAUUCUAAAUGAGGUCGACCUAAUCCUAACUGAGGUCGACCGAAAAGUGCAAGUCACCGUGACAUGCAUGUCACCGUAGGCACACCCUAAUAGUUUAUUUCAUUAUUUGAGAUUGUUACAAAUUACAAGUUAAGUUACAACAAGUGUUCCUCGUAUUGUAUUAAUAAUAUUUUUAUUGUAAAAAAAAUAGUAUUGUAUUACUUUGAGAGGUAAUCUAUUUUUUUUUUAUCCAAAUUUUUUUUUAAUUUUUUUAUAAUAUUCAAACCUAUUAAAAUGCUAUUAAUUAGUCAAAUCUUUGGUAAUGCACAUGGUUGUCAAACCGGUUUCAUGCCGGCUGGAAAAGGGCCGUAUUUAACUAUGGUCAAAUCCGGUCAAUGCCGGUCAGAUCCGGUCAAAUCCGGAAAUUCCGGCCGGUUAGACCAGAAACCGGAAUUUAAUGUUACACACAUUAUAUCUACACAUAAUAUAAUACACCGAAGGGAAAAACGGGAGCCCCAUUUCAAAUUUCCUGCAACGAGAGUGAAAGUAGGAAGGACAUUUUGGUCUUCACAAUUACUUUUUUUUAUUCAUUAAAAAGACACGUACUGGGAUUCGAACCAUGUCCAUUUUAAAGAAAAGCAAGGAACAUAACCAAUCACACUACGUACAUAACCAUGUCCAUUUUAAAGAAAAGCAAGGAACAUAACCGAGUAAGUGAUGUGCAAAUGGCGAAUUGCAGUCAUCUAUUUUCUUUCACUAUUUUUUAUUUUCAAAUAGAAAGUUUAAAAGUAACGAAUAAUUAGAAUUUUGCAUGGGUCGGUCAAACAGGCUGAAUUUUAAGUUUUGGCCCGUUUUGAUCAAGUCUAAUUUAUAAUCACAUGGUUCCCUGAUACCCGAUAAAAAUCUCAAUCCAAACCAGUUUGGCAGGUGAGUCCGUGUUUACCACCAUUCUCUAGGAAUACGACAACGGCGGUUCCUAUCCCAAAUCGUGUUGUUCGUUCUUGAUUUCCUUAGAUUUUAUCAUGGCCUGACAAAAACCAGAAAGCACAAUGACGACAAGAUGAAAGUUUUAUAAAUCAAAUUAAUGGUGUUCUCUUUCUGAUCUCAUGUAAUUAUAUAAUGAAGUUGAAGUUUUUCGAUGCUAUUCAAUUUCAUUGGUAUGUUUUUAAUGGUCUAACUUCAUGGUUGUACCAACUUUUGAUGUACUGUUUAUGUUCCAAUAUAUUCACUUUGGUAUGAUUAUUAGGGAUAUGCUAGGCGGUACUCACCAUUAGACCAAUUUAGCUUAAUGGUUGAAUCUACGGGUUAUCCCAAUAAUUCAAUAUUCGGCUCAGCUCCUCCGACCAACGGGUCGGGUUACAAGCUAGUUCAAAAAUAAACAUCCUCCAUAGGAUUUGAACCAAGCACCUCAUAUUCAUUUUUUUAGUUUAACUUAUACACCAGUAGGCUACAAGCAAUUUUGUUGUCUAUAUUAACCUUAUAUUUUAUAUAUCUAAUACUAAAUUUUACACAAAUCAUUAUAAACAUUAAUAAAAUUCAUUUAAUAAAAUUUUAUUUUUAAGCAUCUAAUUGUUUAGUAUUAGUUGCCAAUUCUUAGCUAUAAAUUAUUUUGUGUGAAAUAAUUCUUCUGAUUGCUUUUUCAUGACUAAUUUAUUUGGAAUUGAGAAUUUCCAUUUUCCUCAUGUAUUUUAUUAAAACCGGCACAACCGGCAUGAAUACUGGUUGUACCACGGUCAGACCAUUCCACUUACAAAACCGGCACACCGGCAUAAACCGGUUUGACAACCUUGGUAAUGCAUCAUAAUAUUAGCCAUUUUUAAGUUAUCUUAAUAAUUUUGUAACUCUUUUCUAAGUUAAAAUACUAAAAUUUUGGAUGUAUCUCUUCCAAGUCAGUAUCAUGUUGUCAAGUCAAUAUUACUAAUAAAAUUGCUAACUAGAGUGGAAGUUAACAUUUGACUAAUUCUUAGUAUUUCGAUAGGUUUAGCUAAUAAAAAAGAUCCGAAAAAGGUUUGGCUAAUAAAUAGUCAUUACUCUUGUUUUUCAGUAAAAUAUAAUAUAUAUUAAUUGUUUUUCAUCCGGAAAUUCUCCGUGCCUCAGGAUGCGGCGGCUUGGGCAGCCGCGUUUAUUUUUACUAGACAUAACUUUGUUAUAGCUAAGUGAAUUGAGUCCAGAUUGUAUCUCGGUUGUCCACUAAUUUUUUGUAGAACUUUGUUCUGAUUUCCUGUUGGUUAUUGAGUCAAAUUACUGAACCAAUCAUUAAUUGAAUACGUUAUCAAGCUUUUAUAUAUAUGUGUGUGUGUGAGAGAAUUGUUUCAAUGAUAUGAUGUAAAUAAUUUUUAUAAUUAUAUAUGUAAAUCAUUGCAAUGUAGUAUUUUUCAAUGAAAGACAAUGCAUUAAUUGUUUUUUAACUCAAAUAUUUAUGACCAAAUCUUUUUAAAUGCAAAACAAUAGUCAAAUAUUUCACAUAUUGCAAAUACUUCGGGUACCACUAAAAUAUGAUAAUUAGGAAAACUAUACCACUUAAGUAAGAAUAUGGCAUCGGAUACCACUAACGUAAUUGAAUUGUGCAUUUGUUUAGAAUUUCACCCACCUACCAAUAAGACUUCCUUUCACAACCAAAGCCGAAGAGCCAAUUGGAGUUCAUGGUGGAGCAAUUCACUCGGGGGACAGAGGAAGGAUGCUCCAAUGUGGACCUCCUAACACAAUCCGAGGUCAAGCCGAGUUGGAGUUAACAAUGGAGACCUUCAUUGUGAGCAACUCAUUGGAGCUUGCCAUGGAGAACUUUGAAAUUAAAGAACAUACUCCAACAUGGAUUUCCAACCCCUCCCUCCUCCCGAUUUGACAAUACAAGAGAAGGUUGUGCAAGCUUGUGCAUGCCUUCGUCCCUAUUCCCUAACCAUUUGAAGAAGAAAAAGAGGUUGAAGAGGCGAUCAAUCAUGGAAAGCUCUCAUCUUGAGGAUGACCAAGAGUGUUUCAUUAAUGACUUUCACACCCUUCCCCAUCCCAAGACCAACUUUGAAGACAAAGGCACGAGGGUGGAGGAGCAAGGUGACCUUUUCAACGACCUUUCAUGGCGUCUUGCCCUCCAAUUUGUGCUUGAAGAAAAGGAUGGAAAGGUGAGAGAAGGGCUGGAGGAGGAGGAAGUGAGCUUGAACAAGAGGAAGAUUUUGAUUUUUCUCAAGUGAAGAACAAAUUUGGAAAGAAGGAAGGGAGGUUGAAGAUGCAAGUGGUGUCCGACCAAUGGUCGAGGUUGACUCGCACGGACUACACCGUGAUUUAAAUCCCGACUAGAACCCAAGGAUAAACUCUAGCCGGGUGCAGUAUAGGGCAAGUAUGUUUUAAUUGUCAAACUAAUAACACCAAACUUGGUGUUAUUUAACCUACAUAUCUUGGUGUGUGGAUACGAUAGCCUAGAUCGAGGUGACUGGAACAUGGAUUUAGGGGAGACGUGUGGAUAACAACGAAGGCCCACGGAAAAGAGCUAAUUCACCAUAUUCGACGACCUUAGAUAUAUAUAUAUACAUAUAGUGACCCUAAGCUAAGGGAAGGACUAGACCGCGAAGUACCUGCUUUUAUCUUUUAUCAAUCUUUAGACUAGAGUUUCCUCAUAUCCUCCACUUAGAGGUGGCAAUUGGAUCGGAUACGUGGAUUGGAUUGGUGGAUCCACGAAUCAAAUGGAUUGGUGGAUUCAUGGAUUGGAUCAAAUGGAUUGGUGGAUUGAUCCAUGAAUCCAAAUGACAUCCAAGGCUUGGACCAAAAUGUAAAAUUUGAAAAGUUUUGGUACUAAAAUGUCAUAAUGAAAAAUUUUAGGUACCAAAAUGUAAUUUUCCAAUGAUAUUUUCGUAUAAAAAUAUAAAUUUUAGGUACCAAAAUAUAAAAUAUAAAAAAUAUAGGUACCAAAUCAUAAUUUGCCAUUUGGAUCCAUGGAUUGAUCCAUGAAUCCACCAAUCCAAUUGGAUUUGGAUCAAAUGGAUUGGAUUAGGUGGAUAAUUUGGUGGAUGGAUUGGAUUGGAUUCAUGGAUUUGGAUCCUAAUUGCCACCUCUACCUCCACUCAAAACCGAUUAACUAAUUAGCAACUAGGUGGGAAGUAGGCUAGGAUAUCGGGACUCGGAUAGAAUACGACCUUAAUUACCACUAUACGGCAAUGCCAUUCUAGGUUAAACUUGGCCUAUGAUGUGGUAGUUAUGGAUACGUGCAAACCUUUGACAAAACCUGCACGGAUUGAAGUGAUCAACACAUUAGCUAGUUAAAUCACUAUCUCAAGAGACGCAUGUACGGGAAGAAAAUAACCUUUGUGGAAGGGAUGGAGUGAUGCUAUAGAUGAGUCAUUGAUGCAUGAUAUGGUUGAGCCUUAGUAUGCAUGAUGAAACUCGAAAUUCACUUUCUUAUAAAAUAAUUUAUAUGUACUUUUAUGCAUCUAAAAAGAAAAAACAUCUAAACAACUUUACUAUUCUUGCAUGAUGAAUCGAAUCGCCCAUGGUUUGCUGGUCCAAUUGAGUCUCUUCGUCAGACUCUUAACUCUUCUGGUUUCCGCAGGGCAAUCAAAUCCUUCUACCUCGUUCUUCCAGCAACCGGUCGAACUUCCUUUGUCAUCUUGGCCACUAUGUUUGAACCAGGCUCGAAAUUCCAUUUGAUGCAACCCUAAAGGAUUGAAUUUGAAUCAGAGUAGGUCAGUGAAAAGGUCAAUUCAAAUAUUGAAUUGGACCUACGAAGUCAAAUAAGAAAACAAAAAUAGGGUAGUUUAUGUGUUUGGGGAUGGGAACUUUCGUGCAACUUUCACAUGGGAAAGAGGUUCAAAAAUUAUAAGUCGAUGUUUGGCCACGAUCAGGGUGUGUAACUGAUCGAUACAAGCUAACAAACAACUUAGAAUCCUCUAAGAUGCUUACUCGAAUUCACAAAGCAAGAUGCUUGAUGAACCAAACUCGGGUUUGUAUUCAACUGAUAAAAAACUGAGUUUAAU